AUGGUGUACUGCGGGAAACCCUCGAAGGGGUGUCAGAUGUGCAGGACGAGGAGAAUUAAGUGCGAUGAGACCAAACCCACAUGCAACCAAUGCGCCAAGUCGCGGCGGCAAUGUCCUGGGUACAAAGACGAGUUCGACCUGGUCUUCCGCAACGAGACGCAGGCAACAGAACGCCGUGCCCGAAAAGCGGGCAGCAAGAAGGCGCUCGCGCUCAAGACAAGUUCCAAAACAGACCAAUCUCUAAGCAUCUCCCCGGUGUACUCAAGUACCAGCAGCAGCAGUAGCAAUAAAUCCCCCCUAGACAACCAAAGAGCCAUCAUCCCCUCCCUCAACAUCCCCGUAGAACACCAAGCCAGCUGCCACUUCGUAGCGAACUUCAUCCUAGUCCCGAGCGAGGGCAGCGGGCGCGGGUUUAUGGAUUUUGUGAUUCCGUUGUUGAGGCAGGAGGAUCAAGGGCAGGGACACUUACGACAUGCGUUUAAUGCGUGCUCCAUGGCUUUUUUGAAUAACCGUGGGGGAACGGGGGGUAGGUUCGCGGAUAAGGCGUUGCAUGAGUAUACGAAGGCGUUGAAUGGGACGAAUGCUGCGCUUAGGAGUCCGGAGAUGCAACUUGCGGAUUCGACGUUGGCGGCGGUUUUGCUUUUGGGGUUGUUUGAGAGUAUCACGGCGAAGCAAAUCGGCAUGUUGAACUGGGGCUCGCAUACCGAAGGUGCUAUACAGCUUGUUAGAGCCCGGGGUAAGAAACAGUUGAAGAGUAAUGUAGGGUUGGCGCUCUUUGCUGCGGUUCGGACUCAGAUGAUCAUCCACAGUCUCACAUCCGGCACCGCACCCAUAAUGGGCGCAGAAUGGUGGAUCGACGACGCAGUCCGCGACGGUACAGCAGCGAAAUGCCACCGCUUAAUGAUUAAAACCGGCGAAUUGCGCGCCGAAGUAACACGUCUAAUGAGCGGUACCUCCGCCUCUAACCCAUCCUCUUCCUCAUCGUAUCAAUCAUCUGGCGCCAAUGUUGACGUCAUGCUCGACAUGAUCCGGCGAGUGCAAGCUGCAGACCGCGAGGUCGUAGCUUGGAUGCGCGACGUACCUGAAGAAUGGAGUUACCGCACCGUGGCAUGGGAAGACGGUCCCACGGGCGCUGCGACACCGGAUUAUUCGAAACUGGAGGUUUUCCCUGGGAGGGUGGAUGUAUAUCGUGAUUUUUAUAUUGCGAGUGUGUGGAAUACGGCGCGAACGGCGAGGUUGGUGCUUGCGUCGCUGGUAGUAAGAUGUGCUGCUUGGGUAUGUUCCCCCGUCGAUUACCGCACAACGCCUGAAUACGCAACCGCGGCACGCACUUGCGUUGAUACUAUCACCGACAUCAUUGCCUCAGUACCGUAUCACCUAGGCUGGCACCUACGCAACCGCAAACGCGUAGCCGUAGCCCUGCAACAACAAGCGCAAAACGCGCACUUCUCUCCCUCUUCCUCCAACCCCUCUUCCACCCAAUCCUCCACACCCUUCAACUUCCUCUCCGGCGGAACCUUCGGCUGCGGCGACGACAACACGAACCCGCAAGACGAGGGACAAGUCAAAGCCCUAGCCGGCUAUUUCCUAACCUGGCCCCUAAUCUGCCUCGUAAGCCAAGACUACACAACCGACGCCCAGCGAUCCUGGAUCGGCGGUCGACUCGCGCAUAUCGGGGACGCGCUCGGCGUUAAGUACGCGCAUAUCUUGCGGGGGUUGCAGAUUCGCAUCCCGUCUAUGCUGAUACGGAGAGAUGGGCUAAUGAUGGCGAUGGCAGGCCCGUAUGGUGCAGCACCGGCUGGUUAUGCGAGGAUGGCUGGGCCCGCGGGGAUGGGGAUGGCGAGGUUAGGAGGAGGGGGGAGGGAGGUUAUGAUGAGGCAGAUGAUGAUGAUGCAGCAGCAGCAAGGGAACGCAGGUGGAUUGGGUCAGGCGCAAGUUGUGGCUGGGUUUAUGGGGGCACAGCAAGUACAGCCGCAGCAACAGCAGCAACAAGAUCCGUUAAAAUACAUCGAAGCGUUGCAAAGAGAACGAUUCGAAAAGACAAGAGCGGAGCUCCUAGCUAGAGCUGCGGGAGGGCAAAACGCGGGAGAAGGACAGAAAUGGGUUGCACGACUAUGGCUUACGGUCUAA